UCCCUGUGUCCCAUUCAUAUUUAAAGCUGAGCUACAACAGGAUCACUCACCAACUUUGAAAGACAUCUUAGAAAACACAACUGUAAUCAUGGCAGCAACCCAGUCCAACAGUGAGGUGAUGCAUAUUGAGGAUCGUGACUUUAAACAUGUUUCCAAAGAGACAGUUGCAAAACUGAUUCAGCUCUCCCACGAGGCGAAGAAGCAAACCUACUGUCCUUACAGCAAAUUCAGAGUGGGGGCUGCGCUGCUCACCCUUGACAACAGUCUGCUUACAGGUUGUAAUGUGGAGAAUGCGAGUUACAAUCUGGGAAUGUGUGCUGAGAGGAACGUUAUCGCGAAGGCAGUGUCAGAAGGGCACCGAGGUUUCAAGGCCAUUGCAAUUGCCAGUGACGAGAGUGACCAGUUCAUUUCCCCAUGUGGAGGCUGCAGGCAGUUCAUGAGAGAGUUUGGAUCAAACUGGGAUGUAUACUUGACAAAGCCCGAUGGCUCGUAUAUGAAGAUGACUGUGGAAGAGCUUCUGCCGGUCUCCUUUGGCCCCGAAGACCUGACCAAGAAGAAAGUGUCUUACAUUCCUAAUAACAACUGAGCCAGUCUUCUAGUAGGAAAAACACGCGAGUGUCCGUGACACGCAGCGUACUUCAAGCACAUGCUGAUCAUGCAUUAAUGUAAUGUAGCAGAAGUUAUAUUUAUGGUCAAUAUUUGUUCUUGUAUUAUUUGUCAAAAUGUAAACAAUGUCAAAUAUUUAAGCGUACUACUAAAUACCAAGUGACACUAAAAAUAUGUUGUGGAAA